GCUAUGUAGAGAAGGUAGGAUUGGGGAGGCAAAUGGAAUGUUCAGAAAAAUGUUAGAUGAUGGAUUGGUUCUUGGCACAACAACUUAUAAGGCGCAGAUUAAUAGUUACUACAAUGAAGGUAAAGUAGUUUCUGCUUUUGAGCUUCUUGGCGUGAUGGAAAAGAGGAAUUGCAAGCCCAAUAUCCAUACCUUCAAUGAGCUUAUAGAAGGGUUAUGUAAAGCCAAUAAACCUCACAAAGCAAUGGAACUUUUGAGAAGGAUAGUUGACAAUGGGUUAUGGCCUGAUGAAGUAACCUACAAUAUUCUGGUUGAUGGGUUUAGCAGGGCAAGCCAACUUGCUAUGGCUUUCAGAGUAUUUAAUUCAAUGAACUCCAUUGGCCUUGAGCCUGAUGGUUUUACUUGCACUACAUUAAUUGAAGGGCUCUGUAAAGAAGGGAGACCAAAGCAAGCAGAAGGGAUCUUGGGUUUGAUGGUGAAGAAGGGAAUAUUCCCAGAUGAAGUAACAUUUACAGCUCUUAUUGUUGGAUAUUGCAAGACAAGUAAAACUGCAAAUCCCUGGAUGCUUUUGAGAGAAUGGUCAAGAACAGGUGUUUGA